GAUUGUGGAGCCAAACAUGAUUAGGACAUUUUUUUUUUCAGUCAACAUUUUGGCCUUCUCAGCCUACAAUAAGUCACCAUUUCUAGACUUUGUUUUCCUAAUUGUCUUAGUUUACGUAAGAUCUAUGAAUCUUCCUGUUGGUAAAGAAAGACAAGACUUGGAUGGAUCUCUCAUUGGGCUACGGUGAUAAUACAUUUGUGUCCAUACAAAUCUUUUUCUUUCUGCAGAUUGGUUUUCUGAAAAACUGACUUUUCAUCUCUCUGAUCGUUUCAUGGCUCUUUCUGCUUUGCCUCGCCAUUUCAAACACCAUGUCUUCCCGAGCUUCCACGGGGAAGAUGUCCGUAGAGGUUUGCUCAGCUACUUACUGAAGGAGUUCAGAGAGAAAGUAAUCGACGUCUUCAUAGACAAUGAUAUAGAGAGGAGCAAACCGAUUGGUCCCGAGCUCAAAGAAGCUAUAAAAGGGUCGAUGAUUGCAAUUGUCUUGAUCUCGAGGAACUACGCUUCAUCAACAUGGUGUCUCGACGAAUUGGUGGAGAUCAUGAAGUGUAGGGAGGAAUUUGCUCAGACGGUGAUGGUGGUUUUCCAUGAAGUGGAACCAUCUGAUGUGAAAAAACAGAACGGAUAUUUCGGAUCUGUCUUUGCGAAAACUUGUGAAGGGAAAAAACCAGAAGCAGUUGAGAGAUGGAAACAAGCUUUGCAGGAAGUGGCCAAAAUCGCCGGGUAUCAUUCUCUCAAAUUUGAUAGUGAUUCAGAUAUGAUUGAAACAAUUGCCACCGAUGUUUCGGACAAGUUGAAUGACUCUACUGCAGCGAAUGAUAGUGACAGCUUAGUUGGGAUUGGAACUCAUACUAUGAAGAUGAAUUCUUUGCUGUCCUUAAAAUUGGAUGAAGUCAGGAUGGUUGGUAUCUGGGGUCCUGCUGGGAUUGGUAAGACGACCAUCGCCAGAGCUUUAUAUAGAAAGCUGUCUAGUAACUUCACACAUACCGCUUUUAUUGAGAGUAUCAAGGGAAAAUUUGAGCAAAACUAUCGAGACGAGCACGCGUUCAUGUUGCAUUUGCAAGAACAACUUUUGUCUAAGACCUUAAAUCAAAAGGAUCUUAGAAUAGGUCAUUUGGGUGUGGCAAAAGCAAGGCUGAAGAACAAGAAAGUGCUUGUCGUUCUUGAUGAUGUGGAUGACUUAAAGCAGCUAGAAGCCAUGACUGACAAAGCUUGCUGGUUUGGCCCUGGAAGUAGGAUUAUCAUCACGACAAAGGAUAACAAGAUUUUGAAGGCGCAUGAGAUCAACCAUAUUUACCAAGUGGGUUUUCCAUCUACAUCCGAAGCUCUUGAAAUCCUCUGCCUAUCUGCUUUUCGUCACAAAUCGCCACCAUCUGGUUUUGAGGACAUGGCCUUAGAAGUUACACGGCUCGCUGGUAACCUUCCAUUGGGUCUACGUGUUUUUGGCGCAUAUUUGCGAGGAAUGUCCAAAGAUCAGUGGAUACACGCAUUGCCUAGACUUCGGACCAGUCUUGAUGGGGAUAUUGAGAAAGUAUUAAGGUUCAGCUAUGAUGCUUUAUGCGAUGAAGAUCAAGACUUGUUUCUUCACAUAGCAUGCUUUUUCAGAGGUGGGUGCAUUCGUGACGUGGUGGAGUAUCUUGCAGAGAGUCGCUUUAAUGUUAUCCACGGGCUCCAAGUCUUAGUGGAUAAAUGUUUCAUAUCUAUUUACGGAAAUGGAUAUUUCAUGAUACAUAAUUUGCUGGAACAAUUGGGUAAAGAUAUCGUCCGUAGACAAUCUGUUUUUAAGCCUGGGAAGCGUCAGUUCUUGGUGGAUGUUCGUGAUAUUCGUAAUGUACUCGAGGAAAAUGAAGGCACUAAAACUAUUCGAGGGAUAGAUUUUGACUUAUCGGAGGUCAGUGAAGAAAUAAUGAUUGACGAGAGAGCCUUUGAAGAGAUGUCUAGGCUCCAGUUCUUAAGAUUCAAGAAACGGGGUUUGUAUAACAACGCCAAACUUGUCUUACCAAAGGGUCUGAAGUUAAGAGGUAGUAAACUUAGAUUUUUCGAAUGGGAAGAGUUUCCGUUGACAUGUUUUCCUCGUGAGUUUCAUCCUCAGCGUCUUGUCAAACUUGAUAUGCAGCACAGCAGGCUUGAAAAGCUGUGGGAGGGGCCUAUUCCGCUUCCAUGUCUGAAGAAGAUAGAUCUGUCAUGCUCCGACAACCUCAAAGAAAUCCCUGACCUGUCUAAUGCUUUUAAUCUCGAGGUACUGAGAGCUUCUAUUUGCUCAAGUCUGUCGGAGAUCUCCUCUAUUGGCAAGGCCACAAGUCUCCACGAAUUGCACCUUGCUGGUUGCAUAAACUUGAUGUCGAUCCACUCUUCUAUUGGGAAUGCCACGAAUCUCAAGACGUUGAAUGUCAACUUAUGCCAUAGUUUGGUUGAACUCCCCUCCUCUAUUUGGAGCCUCAAGAGGUUAACGAAACUGCAAAUUUUAGGCUGCGUGAAGCUAAACCAUUUGGGCUCACAGUUGCAGAGUUUUCCUGAUAUCUCCGCAAACAUUACAGAAUUCGACAUGACUAAUACAGCGAUAGAAGAGUUUCCAUCAUCAAUCAUGGCGUUUUCUUGUCUUCGUAAACUCAAAACGACGUUUGGAGAAAGCCUCAAGGUGUUCCCAGAUGUUCCUGACAGCAUCCAAGUGUUGGAAUUGCACAAUACGGGAAUAGAAGAAAUUCCUCCAUCGAUCCAGAAUCUCUCACGUCUCACUAAACUAAGCAUGCCUCACUGCAAGAAGCUGAAGAUCCUUCCAACCAACGUUAACCUGCCUUCUCUCUCUUCCCUUGAUCUCAGUUCAUGCACACAAUUGAAAACGUUUCCAGAGAUAUCUACAAGCAUUGAAUAUCUCAAUCUGAGUGAUACUGCUAUCGAAGAAGUGCCUUCGUCUAUAUGGUCUUGGUUCCGUCUUCUUGAACUGAACUUGGAAGAUUGCAACAGCCUCCGUAUUGUUCUUGACAGCAUCGGAGAGUUGGACCUGAGUAAUACGGAAACAGAUGUUCCACCUCUACCAUUGCGUAUUAACCUCAAAGGGUGCAAGAAUCUUGUGUCAUUGCCUCACAUUCCGGAAUUCGUCACAUUCAUCGAUGCAGCUAACUGUGAGUCGCUGGAGAGAAUAGAUGGCUUCUUUACCAAUCCAGAGAGAUGUCUCAACUUUGCUAAUUGUUUUAAGCUGAGUCAAGAAGCAAAAACACUCAUCGAGAUAUCGGAUUGCAAGUUUGCGCUCUUACCUGGUGAAGAAUCGCCUGCAGACUUUGAUCGCCGAACAAGAGAGGUUUACAUAACAGUCGAUUUGGAUCAGAGACCACUACCUUUAUUCUUCAGAUUUAAAGCUUGUCUUUUGCUUCUUGAUGUCCUCUAUCUAGAGGAUGAUGAGGUCGAUCACUCGACGGGUGCGAAGGUGCUUUCCUGUGACAUCUGGUGCGUUCAGAAUGGGUUCGAUAUUGGACAUGGAUCCUGCAAAUACCAACUACCAGCUACACUUGGGUUUACGGAGCAUAUGUAUUACUUCGAGUCGUCCAUCUCUCUAGACUUCCGUGAAACAGAUGUGAGUCUCGGGGAAGUUGAUUUUGAGUUCAAGAUCACUGGUCAAUACUGGGAAAUAAAAGAGGUACAACUCUGGGAAGACCCUGGUGUUCUUGAUGUCCAUGGAAAUAUUUACAACGAAGAAUCAGCAGACAUCAAGAUAGUGAAAACUUAUAUGCAGGAGCAGUGAGAAGAAGAAGAAGAAACAAUUUCAGUAAUGAAUUUGGAUCCUGACAAUGUUUGUGAUAUAUAACCAAUUCAAGUCUAUUCAUGUCAAGGGUGAAGAGUACAGAGGCAGCACAAUAGAGUUGGCAGCAUGUAUCGAGCUGAACUAUAAAGUCACAGAACUAAAAGAUGAUGGAAACAGAGUAAUUAGCGGGUUUAAUCUUCGCUUAAUCAGUAGAGUUUGUAUGGUUUAGGUUCAGGAUACUAAAUGUGUGAUGUUAUAACUUCUAACUUUGAAGGCGAAUUGUGGCUAAUGCUUGGUUGAUUAUCAAGCACAUCAUAAUCAUACUUCAAUAUUUAGUGUUAUAUAGCUAUCAUCAGGAUUAGAUUGAUGUAACUGACAUGUAACAAGCAUACAAAAAAUGACAAAAGUAUAUAAUAUUCAAUGACUUUC